UCGGCGGCGGCGGCGGCGGCGGCGGCGGCGGCGGCGGCGGGGGCGGCGGCCACGCGGGUCCGGCGGGAGCAGCUCCGGGGACUGCGCGGCGUCUGCAGGUGCCAUGGCCGCUGUGGACAGCUUCUGUCUCUUGUACAGGGAGAUCGCCAGGUCGUGCAGCUGCUACAUGGAAGCCCUGGCCUUGGUCGGGGCCUGGUACACGGCCAGGAAAAGCAUCGCUGUCGUCUGCGACUUCUACAGCCUGGUCAGGCUGCACUUCAUCCCCCGGCUGGUCAGCAGGGCUGACCUGGCCAAGCAGUACGGGCGCUGGGCCGUCGUGAGUGGUGCCACCGACGGCAUCGGAAGGGCCUACGCGGAGGAGCUGGCCAGCCGCGGGCUCAGCGUCGUGCUCGUCAGCCGGGACAGAGAGAAGCUGCAGGCGGUGGCCCGGGACAUAGCCGACACCUACCGCGUGGAGACCGACGUCAUCGUCGCCGACUUCAGCGGGGGCCGCGAGAUCUACCACCCGAUCCGGGAGGCCCUGAAGGACAGGGACGUGGGCAUCCUGGUGAACAACGUCGGCGUGUUCUACCCCUACCCGCAGCCGUUCACGCAGCUGCCCGAGGUCACGCUCUGGGACAUCAUCAACGUGAACGUGGCGGCGGCCAGCCUGCUGGUGCACAUGGUGCUGCCCGGCAUGGUGGCCCGGCGCAGGGGCGCGGUGGUCACCGUCUCCUCCGGCUGCUGCUGCAAGCCCACGCCCCAGCUGGCCGCGUACUCGGCGUCCAAGGCGUACCUGGACCACUUCAGCCGGGCGCUGCAGUACGAAUACGCCUCCAAAGGCAUCUUCGUGCAGAGCCUGAUCCCCUUCUGCGUGGCCACCGGCCCCACCAGCAGCUUCCUGCACAAGUGCCCGUGGCUGGCGCCUUCGCCCAAGGUCUACGCCCACCACGCGGUCUCCACCCUGGGCAUCUCGAAGCGGACCACAGGCUACUGGUCCCACUCCAUCCAGUUCCUUUUCGCACAGUACAUGCCCGAGUGGCUCUGGGUGUGGGGAGCCAACUUUCUGCAUCGCUCGUUGCGUCCGGAGGCCCUGUCCUGCGCAGCCUGAAGCCGGGCGGACCCCGAGGGACGCGGAGGUUGACCUCCUGUGCCCUCCCGGAUGACGGGGGAGGGGGCGUGCGGCUGCCCCACCACUUGCGAAGCAAACGGCGCUUUCGGCGAAUGCCCUGGCUGACCCUCGGGGCUUGCGGGGGCCACGCUGGGCUUGGCAGAACCCAGGGGGCAACCUACACGGUGAUCUUUCUCCCCAAGUGUUCGGAAAUCGUGUGAUUGGUGUCUCGGAGCUCAGCAAGCUGGUCCCAAGUGUAAUAUCUGUCGCUCUUGUGGCGAGUGACCUGUCUCGGCACCUGCACCGCACAGUGUUGGUUUCAAGUGCUCGUCAGGAAACUGUCCAGAAGGGACUUUCUGAGUAAGGUUGCUGCUGCUGUUCACAGGAAGAUCCUGACUCUGUAGCUCUGGGUCUCUCACCCUAUGAAAAUGCUGCUCCUCAUGUGACACGGUUAGGGACCGAAUCUAGACAGUGUUGUGUGUAUUCUGGACAACUUUCUUUAUGGGUAAGUGACUUUAACAUAGAUUUCUUGUCAACGUGGCUUAACGUGGAACCUUAUGAGGCAUUAAAAUUCUACAUUAGUCCUUUUCCUGCUAAUCGACCUAGUGAGUUUGGGGCUAUUGAUUUGCUAUCUAUAAGAUUACUAUGCCCUCAUUUAAAAGAAAAAAAAUCUGCCACGGAAUUCAUUCCUAAAUUGAGACUUGUCAUCUCUUGAUUUAUAGUUUUUGUGGUAAGUAUUGAUCUCUCAAGCUGCAACCCAUUUGUACUACUGAAAUUUAACCCACUAGAACCUGUGGUAUUUAGGUCUCACAUAAUAUUCUAUGUAAUAAAUCCAAUUCUGAUGGUA